AUGCUCUCACACGCUCUCACGCGCUCCCUCAAUCGCUCUCACGCCCUCUCUCACGCGCGCUUUCACGCGUCCCUCACGCGCUCUCUCACGCGCUCUCUCACGCGCUCUCUCAUGCGCACUCUCACGCGCUCUCUCAUGUGCUCCCUCACGCAUUCUCUAACGCGCUCUCUCACGCGUUCUCUCAUGCGCUCUCUCAAGCGCUCUCUCACGCACUCUCUCACGCGCUCUCUCACGCGCUCUCUCACGCACGCUUUCACCCACGCUUUCUCGCGUCUCUUACGCACUCUCUCAUGCGCUCUCUCAUGCGCUCUAUCACACGCACUCUCACGCGUUCUCUCACGCGUUCUCUCACGCGCUCUCUCACGCGCCCUCUCAUGCUCUUUCUCAAGCUCUCUCUCACGCGCUCCCUCUCGCGUUCUCUCACGCGAACUCUCAUGUGCUCUCACGUGCUCUCUCACGCACUCUCACGCGCUCUCUCACGCCCUCUCUCACGCACUCUCUCACGCGUCUCACGCGCUCUCUCACGCGCUCUCCCACGCGCUCUCCCACGUGCUCCCUCACGUGCUCUCUCUCACGCACUCACUCAAGCGCACUCUCACUUGCACUCUCAUGUGCACUCUCACUCGCACUCUCACGCGCUCCCUCACGCGCACUCUCACUCGCACUCUCACGCGCUCUCUCAUGCACACUCUCAUGAGCUCUCUCACGCGCACGAGCUCUCUCACGCGCACGCGCUCUCUCACAUGUACGCGCUCUCUUACGCGCAUGCGCUCUCUCACGCUCUCCCACGUGCUCCCUCACGUGCUCUCUCUCACGCACUCACUUAGGCGCACUCUCACUUGCACUCUCACGCGCACUCUCACGUGUCUCACGUGUACUCUCACUCGCACUCUCACGCGCGCUCUUACGCGCACUCUCACGAGCUCUCUCACGCGCACGCGCACUCUCCCGCGCACGCGAUCUCUCACGCGCACGCGCUCUCUCACGAGCACGCGCUCUAUUACGCGCACGCGCUCUCUUACGCGCACGCGCUCUCUUACGCGCACGCGCUCUCUCACGCGUGCGCGCUCCCUUGCGCGCAUGCGCUCUCUCACGCGCUCUAUCACGCGAAAUCUCAGGAGCACUCUCACUCGCACGCGCUCUCUCACGCGCUCCCUCACGUGCUCUCUCGUGCGCUCUCUCACGCGCACUCUCACACGCGCUUUCCUGCGUGCGACGGCGGGGAGGGGAAAAGAGGCGACGACGAGGAGGGAAGGAGGCGACGGCGCGGAGGAGGGAGAGGCGACGGCGCGGAGGAAAGGAGAGGCGAGGAGGAGGGAGAGGCGACGGCGGGGAGGAGGGAGAGGCGACGGCGGGGAGGAGGGAGAGGCGACGGCGGAGAGGAGGGAGAGGCGACGGCGGGGAGAAAGGAAAGGCGACGGCGGGGAGGAGGGAGAGGCGACGGCGUGA